AUGGAAGCAUUGCAAAUGAAACCAACGUCCACUCUUCAAAGAAUGAAGCAUGAAACAUUGCUAUAUUUAUGCGCGCUGAAAUUGGGAGGAAGUUCCAGCGACUAUCAGAGUCUUUCGAAGAAAGCGUUGUUGAGCAAGCUCACAAACUACCGUUUAUCGCAAGGCAUCAUCGACCACAAUGGACAUUUGCUUCAUCGUAGAGUCACUUCGUCAACUCGCCAAAAUGCACCAGCUGCUGCAGAUGCUUUUAGAGACGGGUUGAAGAUCCUUCGCGAGGGUACCAAGACUGAAUUGAGGAAGCUCCCUGCAUCAUUAUUACUCCAGCUGUGCGCACAAGUGCUUGAACAGCCUACGGAGCAUUUCAACAACUUAAACAAGAGAGAACUCGUAGAGCAACUGCUCCAAUAUGUACGCGAUUUCAAUUCAUUAUGCGACCAACGUGCUGACAAGAAGAGGACGUUGAAUAAGCGUCAGGCGCAUGGUCUGGGUAAGGAUGCUCUGCAACAAGAGUUCCAUCUCUCGCGAGCGAGUAGCUUGUUGAACAUCUUGCUUACUAUGGGCGCGGUAAACGUGCCCGGGUCAAGCACCCGACCUUUGAUCAAGGUCGCUGACGAGCACAUUUCUCGUGAGGAGAUAGCCAAUGCAGAAUAUCUGCUGGAACAUGGCAGCGAGCAGAAACUUGCGAAGUUAUCAACAGCUGCCCUACGUGCUCUGUGCAGGAUGCGACUAGACAGAAUUGACGCAGAAGAUAUUACGAGAGACAUUGCUUUAUCUGCGCUGCAUGAAUACCGUGCGACACAAGGCAUCAUCAAAGGAGAUGGAAGUCUGGUCAUGGACCCUAGAAAGUAUGUGAAGAAGAGCAGAGUUCUCGGAAGGGAUGUCCUCAAGACUGUAUGGACUGACAUGGACGCGAUAAUCAUGCCGUCUUGGGUGAGCAGAAUUCCGUGGCGCAUCGGAUCAUCGAGCAGAGCCACUGGGCUUGGACUGGGUGUGGACGAGUGGUGUACAUUCUGCUCUAUUCAUCUUACUACGUCAUUGAUUUUCCUAUGGGGGACCUCCGGUGAAGACUCGCGUGCAUUCCAAUUGCUUGCAAACUUCAUGGAUCUCGUGACAGCAGUCAAAUUAGCCUCUAUGCGCAUCACAACGCCGGAGAGGCGUGACCAAUGUCGUGCAUACAUGCAUCGAUAUCUAAAGGAGAUGCUUGCCCUUUUUCACGGGUCCACUAUUCGUGCAAACCAGCACUUGAUUCUUCAUCUACCGGAUAUUCUGCGGACACUGGGACCAGCACCUUCUAUAUGGUGCUUUGGAUUCGAACGUGCGAAUUACGCACUGCAGCAAACCCAUACGAACAGCAAAAUGGAUGAGCUUGCAUCAACAAUUCUGAGGCAAUUUUGUUGCAGGCAGGCACUAAAGAGUCUCUUCGCUGCUUCUGCACUGCCGCCAUCGAUUCGACAACUGGUUCCAGACUUCUUCAUUCAAAUUGCCGGAAUCUAA